AUAAUUGAUUGAGUAUACAAAAAUUGAAAAAUAUUCUGCCGGCUACGUCAGACUGUCAGAGCACCAUAAAGUGUAUACAUAAUAAUUCAUUUUUAUUUGAUUUCUUUCAGUUUUAUUCUCUGUGAUGGUUUAGUAUAGUCAAACACAUAGUUUAACACAUUUAUUUAGUGUGUGUGGUUGAGAGCUAUCAUAAUGAAGAUUGUAUUUUUGUUCUUUGUGGCGACUGGUUGUCUAUGUUUUUCGUCAAGUCUAUCUGUUGAUACGUACUUGUCAUCUAGAGACAAAGACCAACUAAAGAGUGUACUGCUUACGGGUUUAGAAUCUGAAAAUUUAUCCGAUGUCUUCUAUGCUGUGUCAGGAUUGCAACAGCUCAAUCAAAAAAUACCUAAUGUUCAAGCCGUCUGUGAUAAAUUAGUGAAAUUUGUUGGGAAAUCAAAAUCAUUAGAUUCUGUUUAUUUUUCAACGAGUGCAUGGAAAGCAAUUGCCACGUGUUCAGGCAAAUUAGUUGUUGAUGAAGCAGUCCAAGAUGUUUAUGCUAUGUUAGAGAAAAAAGAUAUUAGAGAUGUUCACAUGUCUGAUUUAUAUUUUGGUGUCAGUAUUUUGAGUAAUCUUAAUCUCAAACCCAAAGAUAUUACUAAACUUAUAAAUAUUAUAAAAAGAAAAAUGAAGCCUGAUGAUACUAUUACUGAUUUUGGAUAUUCAAUACAUUUAUUAGCAAGUCUUGGUCCAGAUGGACGUUUUGCUUUCAAUCGUUUGUCUGAUGCCAUUAUGCAAGUUGAUCAGGUUGAUCGUAAAUUCUUACAAUUUGAAGGAGGCUUGUCUGUCACUGCACUUGUAUUGACUGGAGUGUACAAAUUUUGUGAUGCUGUGCAAUGUAAUACUUCAUUUCCAAUUCAAAAUGAUCAAGCUCUGAUGUUUAGUAAUUAUCUUUUGUCUCGUAAAUCCGUACAAACACCCAAAGGAGCAUAUUUCUUACUUAAUGCUCUUAAUACAUUAUCCAAUAACAAAUAUCACUUGCCUAUUGCUGCUACACUUGUGAAACCAAUGGGUGAUCUAGAUGAUACCCAAAAAAUACUGUCUGUGCGUUUCACUAAUUUGCUUGGAGAACCAUUGCCAACUUCUCUUUCUGUUGGUGUUGAAUCAGCAAUGUUAAAUAAUAAAGUUGUUAUGUCUAAAAAUAAGUUCAAAUCUACUACUGAUAAGACUGUUUAUGAAUUAGAGUUUAAUGAACCAGAUUUGUCUAUUGGAAUCUAUAGUAUAGUAAUAAGUGCUACACCAUUAGAAAAAAUUAAGGUUCCGCUUUUGGGUAAUACAGCUAUUCCACUUGAGGUAAAAGUAUCAGCUUCUUCUGUGAAUGUUGUUGAUUUUAAAGUUGGGACAACUGAUAAUGAUCAACAAACAGGCCCAUCACUCCAAACUUUAAAAUAUGGUGAAAAGUUGUCAACUCCAUUAAAAGCAGACCACAUGCAAAGAAUUAUAGUACGCUUUGCUAUCAAAGACUAUCAAGUUAAGAAACAUGUACAAGUACACCAAGCAUUUAUUAGGUUUACAAAUAUUAAGACUGGUUCUCAAAGUGUAUUUGUCGCUGAAUUGGACUCUCAAAAUAAUUAUAAAUUGGAUAUGGAUUUAGGUGUUAAAUCAAUAUCAUUCAAACACACAUCUGGUUUAUAUUCUAUGGAUUUGAUAAUUGGUGACUUCCUGUUAAAAAAUCCUAUAGUUUGGCAUUUUAGUGAUAUAAAAUUGAAAUUUUCCGAAGUUGAAUCAGAUGUUUCUGAAUCUUUUACAGAUUUCUAUAAACCAAAAAAAUUAAUUUCUCAUACUUUUAGAGAACCUGAGCCUAGACCACCUCAUAUUGUUUCUCUACUUUUUACUGUAUUGUCUCUUGCGCCAUUAUUGGUUCUUUUUGUGCUGUGGGCUCGCUUGGAAGUUAAUAUUAAAAAUUUCCCUUUUAAUUUGAGUGCCAUAGGAUUUCAUUUGGCACUAGCUAGCAUAUUCAUAUUGUUUGGUAUGUUUUGGGUAUACCUAGAUAUGUUCAUAACAUUGAAAUAUCUAUGUUUGUUGGGAAUUUCGACAUUCUUAUUUGGUAACAGAUUACUAUCAUAUAUUGCAAGAAGAAGAAACAAGUAACUUAGAAUUGUUACAUGACUUACAUGUACGUUCUAUUACAAUUCUAUUGAGUGGGUUAUCGAUGAUAAAGUCAAAACGAUAAAAUAUUCAUUCCAUUGUGUACAAGAAAAUGUCAGAUUCAAUUUCUUUUUUCACUUUUGCUAGCAUUGAAUCGUAUCUAUUAAAUUGUAUUCUCUAAUGCCAAUGGGAUGUACAUAUAUAAUGAAUACUGUAUUAAAUUUAUAAAUAUUAGA